AUGCAGCCCCCCCACCCCCUGGCCAGGAACGUUGGGGCAUCUUUGUCAACCGGAGCCUGGCGCUGGAGAAGAUCAAGUGCUUUGGCUUUGACCCUACUGCUGGAGCACCUCGUCUCCAUCGGGUACCCCCAGGAGAUCCUCACCUACAAGUACGACCCCACCUUUCCCAUUCGGGGGCUGGUGUUUGAUGCCAUGUAUGGGAACCUGCUGAAGGUGGAUUCCCAUGGGAACCUGCUCGUCUGUGCCCACGGCUUCCGCUUCCUCAAGGGGGCCGAAAUCCUCCACUAUUACCCCAACAAGUUCAUCCAGCGGGACGACAUGAAGCGCUUCCACAUCCUCAACACCCUCUUCAACCUCACGGCCCCAAACACCUCCCACCCCAUAAACCCCCCUCUGUUUGCCUCCAGCAUCUUUGUCAACCGGAGCCUGGCGCUGGAGAAGAUCAAGUGCUUUGGCUUUGACAUGGACUAUACCUUGGCCAUGUACAAGUCCCCCGACUACGAGGAGAUGGCCUUCACCCUACUGCUGGAGCACCUCGUCUCCAUCGGGUACCCCCAGGAGAUCCUCACCUACAAGUACGACCCCACCUUUCCCAUUCGGGGGCUGGUGUUUGAUGCCAUGUAUGGGAACCUGCUGAAGGUGGAUUCCCAUGGGAACCUGCUCGUCUGUGCCCACGGCUUCCGCUUCCUCAAGGGGGCCGAAAUCCUCCACUAUUACCCCAACAAGUUCAUCCAGCGGGACGACAUGAAGCGCUUCCACAUCCUCAACACCCUCUUCAACCUCACGGACACACACUCCCCCACACACCUUUUUCCUGACCUCUGCAGCUGUGACACUGGCUACAAGCAUGGGAACCUCUUCAUGUCCUUCCAAAGCAUGUUCCAGGAUGUGCGUGAAGCCAUGGACCAUGUCCACCUCUCGGUGAGUGCGGGGGGCUGGGGGGGGACAUUGCUGGGGGAACCCCGUGUACCGCUGCUGCUGAGCCGCAUGAGGGAGGUGGGGAAGGUCUUUCUGGCCACCAACAGUGACUACAACUACACUGAUGCCAUCAUGUCCUACCUGUUUGACUUCAGCGAUGGGGAUAAGGUUGGAACCCCCCAGCGCCCUUGGCGCUCCUACUUUGACCUCAUCGUGGUGGACACCCGCAAGCCGCUCUUCUUCGCUGAAGGCACUGUCCUGCGCCAAGUCAACACGGACACAGGGAAGCUGCGCAUCGGGACAUACACGGGCCCUCUCCAGCACUGUGCAGUCUACUCCGGUGGCUCCUCGGACCUGGUGUGUGACCUGCUGGGCGUGAAGGGCAAGGACAUCCUUUACAUGGGUGACCACAUCUUUGGGGACAUCCUCAAGUCCAAGAAGCGGCAAGGCUGGCGCACCUUCCUGGUGGUGCCUGAGCUGGCCCACGAGCUGCAGGUCUGGACAGAGAAGAGAGAGCUGUUUGAGGAGCUGCGGAGCCUGGACCUCUUCCUGGCAGAGCUGUACCAACAUUUGGACAGCGGCAGCAGCGAGCGCCCGGACAUCAGCUCCAUCAAGCGUCAGAUACAGAAAGUGACUCAUGAGAUGGACAUGUGCUAUGGGAAGAUGGGCAGCCUCUUCCGCUGUGGCUCACGCCAGACGCUCUUUGCCAAUCAGCUGAUGCGCUAUGCAGAUCUCUAUGCUGCUUCCUUCAUCAACUUCCUCUACUACCCCUUCAGCUACCUCUUCCGGGCACCCCCUGUCCUGAUGGCCCAUGAGUCAACGGUGGAGCAUGGCCGGCUGGACACAGGGGAGGCUGGCACAGUCCUGCCACCCUGGCUUCAGCAGCAGGUUUCUGGGGGCUCCCAGGACUCCAGCGAGGAUGAUGGGGAAGCCUGA